UCUACCCUGACCGUUUCCAUUAUUAUCGUGAAUUGUAAACUUUCAGGAUCUCUGCGCCAGGCAGGACUCUAGGUGACCCACCUACCAUCCCUCCCGUGAUGCCCACUCCAGAUGUCUGCCCCUCCCUUGUGGGGAGGGCAGAACCUGGGAACCUAAUGAGCUUUCACAGAUCUGAUUAGGUCACAAAUCUGUGAACCAGUAAGCAUGCUGGGUGGUAACCGGGAGGGUCUGAUUCAAUCACCUGAGCCCUUUAUAAGGGACUGAACCUGCCUGGGAUCCCAGAGAGUCUCCAGACCGACACCCAGAAAGGACGGGGGAUCCAGCUCGGCCACCAACCCGAGUCAGCUCGCGACCAGUUCCUUCGCUAGUCAAGGCAGCCUCCACGCAGCGGGGCUCACCCGGAACGUCCCCGGCGCAGAGGAGACGGCCCCGCAGGGUCAGGGUGACCCUCGGCAGAGGCAAAGGUCCCUCGGAGCGGCAGGACCUCUGGCUCGCACUCAGCCUGUGAGCUGGUAAGUCCGGGGUAGGGUGUGAGGAGGCCCAGGGCGGGGGAAUGCCUUCCACAAGGAUGGACACUGACAGACCCUGCAUUGCGUCGCAGCCCGCCGCCCUCGCCGUCUGACGCCGGCGCCGCACCAUGGCGCGCACCAAGCAGACCGCGCGCUCUGCCGGCGUGGGCAAAGCGCCCCGCAAGCCGCUGGCCACCAAGGCCUCCGGCAAGAGGGCUCCCCCUCUGGGCGGGCUGAAGAAGCCCCACCGCUACAGGCCCGGCAUAGUGGCGCUCCGCGAAAUCCGAAAGUUCCAGAAAUCCACGGAUCUCCUCAUUCGCAAGCUGCCCUUCCAGCGCCUGGUGCGGGAAAUCGCUCAGGCCAUCCACCCCGACCUGCGCUUCCAGAGCGCCGCGGUGGGCGCUUUGCAGGAGGCCUGCGAGGCCUACCUGGUGGGACUUUUCGAGGACACCAACUUGUGUGCGCUCCACGCCAAGCGUGUCACCAUCAUGCCGAAAGACAUGCAGCUGGCGCGCCGCAUUCGCGGAGAGCGUACUUGAGAUCUUAGGUUCAUGUGAACAUCUCAUGCUCAAAUAUUUUUUUUUCUCCUCUACUUAUUAUUGGUAGUUCCAAAUCGUUAGAUGUUUUUUGUUUUGUUUUCUUCCAUGGAGUCCAGAGGUACCUAAGCCUAUGAUUUGGCUGGGAAAUUAGGGGACAGAAAUUAGGUUCUGGCAGUCUUUCUGUUUUUUGGGGUUUUUUUCUAUGUGAACUUGUAAUAUAAAUCCAGGGAUGUAAAGUAUUUAUGCAGACUCCAAAUGUCUCAGGGAACAAAUUUCAGCAGUUCAACUUCAUAACUACUAUAUAUAAAUCUGUUCAUUUUUUUUUUCUUGGACAAUACUAGCAUUUGGACUUUUAAAAACCAAAUAAAUUUCUUACUGAUGGCAACUAAAUGGUGUUUGUGCAUUGUAUCAAACAGUAGAUUGCAUUCAUACAUUUGAGUUACCCUACAUGCAAUACAUGUUUCCAGUGUUCCCAGUUUGCUAUUAAGAUAUAUUAAAAUAUAUUUUUAAAACUAUACUCUUAAUCCACAAGUUACCUCAUUAAAACAGUGUGUAUGGAAGGGGGAGAAAGGGCGCUAUACCCAGUUGUUGCUACACAGCACAAACCUAGUUGCAAGGGUGACCUUAAAACAUCUCAAAGGGCCCCACUGUAGAUCCAUAAUCAAACCACCCAAGCUCCAGGAUCCACGGUGCAGCCAUGGACCAGGCCUGUGCACCCAUGGACACAGGUGGGCACACAAAUGUGUCCUGUGAGACGCCCACAUCACUCUGGGGCCUGGGACCGCCAAUAAGGGUGGAAUCCCAGAAGACCCAGAUGGGAACUUACAACAUGCAGAUCAAGGAGAACCCUGCAGACAAAGGACUGCAAAUAUUAAUAGGUAACUAAACAAAAGAAAGAAAUGAGGCAGAUCUUGGAUGCAGAGGAGGUUUGGAAGAUGACAUUCCUGCUUGAGGCAUUUUUCUGUCUUCCUAGUUGUAAGAAGAAAGGUAUGUGGCCCUUGAGCAUUCUGUGGGCAGGUUGCCGCUUUCGGAGAGAGAAACCCCUUCUGAGAGACUCAAAGGGUUUCACACUGAAGCCUGAAGUUGCCAUGACUCAGGAGUUUGCUUUUGUUUGGGUUUAAUACUCCAA